AACAAAAACCCCAAAAAAAAUACUAACCCUCCAUUUUUUUUACCCCCAUCUGUAUAUGACCUCCCUCAUAUCUAUCCCGUUGACUAUUCUGUCAAUUCGCUCACCUCUCGAAAUUCCAAAAUAUCACAGCUCUAUACUUCAUCAUGAACAUAUUGAAUGUAGCAGUUGGUACUCCUGGUUUAGUGUCCAAUCUAAAAAAUCACCAGAUCCGAUGGAUCAUGGUCGAGUAUGUAGAUCCAUAAAGGUAUUAUCUUUUGAUAGUAAGCCUAAAGAUUCGUCCAACAGCGCCAGCUCAGGGGCAUAUUAUGGAUAUACUGAUUUUAUCAGUGUAGUUUCUGCGACAUUAUUCACUGGAUUUUAUUAUUCGCGUACUCUUGAUGGUGUUAAACUUUUGAUUGGACAACUGUUGAAUUUGGCGCUGUUGAUGUUUCUUUUUGGGAGAGCUUUGUAAAAAAAAGCUUGUCUUCUUCUCUUUCUUACUAUCCGAACCCUUACUAUGGUACUACCGCUCCUAUGGUCUUCUUACUAAUCAAUUUUUUUUUCACUACUUGCAAUCCCUUGAGAAAAAAAAUUUGAUGGUAUGUCAAAUCGUUUAUCCAAAACAUUGUUGUAAAACAAUGUUUUUGUUUGUCUAAAAAAAAAAUCAAAACCCUUUAUCAUACCUUUAUAUCCCCCUCUUUGCAUUUUUUAUAAAAAACAAAAAACAAAAUAAAAAUCCAUAAAAUAAUUUAAAAACUUUU